CUUUCUCAACUAUUUCGCUAAGGUCAUUUGGGGUUUUGGUUUCAACCCUUUUCUCGUACUUCAUUUUGAUUAAAACUGCGACUCUUCUCUCGGAAAGUUUCAUUUCUUUCUCCUGUGCUGCAUUAAUUACCUCUGAUUUGAAAAAAAAAACUAUUUUUUUUUGCCGAAAACAAAAUUUUUGGCAGAUUUUAGGGUUUAGGACCGCAAAAGAUUUCAGGCUGGCGCUUUGUGCUGAUCUCUGGUGAUGGCGGAUCCGCCACAUGUCCGCCUGUGUUCAGAGGUUAAAAAUUUUGGCUUUUUCGAUGCUGGUGCAUUUCUCGUAGCUAUAGGUGAAGAAAUAGAUAAAACAAAGUGGGCCGUUGCACAUCUCACAGAAUGCUGACGAUUCUGCGAGUGCACCUCCCUUCUGACAUUCCAAUAGUAGGCUGUGAGCUCACACCUUAUGUUCUCUUGCGACGCCCAGAUCAAUCUGUUACUACAGAUGAUGCUUUAGAUAAUGCAACUAAUGAUGGACAUAUAUUGAGAUACAAGUGGUAUCGGAUACAAAGCGAUAAGAAAGUAGCUAUUUGUAGUGUCCACCCGUCUGAGCAAGCCACAUUGCAGUGCCUUGGAUGCGUGAAGGCCAAAAUCCCCAUUGCAAAGAGUUACCACUGCUCUACCAAAUGUUUCUCAGAAGCAUGGCAGCAUCACCGUGUUCUGCAUGAACGUGCUGCUAGUGCUGUCAAUGACAAUGGGAAUGAAGAGGAAGAAAUCUUUGAGCGUGUCAAUCCUGUGGGUGGUGCAACAGUUAGUGGUACAAUUUUGCCUCGCUCACAAUCAGCUGGGAAUUUCGCAAAUGGGGCGACACCUUUAGAUCCUUCACCAGUCUCACAAAGAAAUGGAAGUGAAACGUGGUUUGAAGUUGGACGAUCCAAAGCAUAUACGCCAACAGCUGAUGAUAUUGGUCAUGUCCUUAAAUUUGAAUGCAUUGCUGUAGAUUCAGAAACAAAAUUGCCAGUGGGACAUAUGAGUACUAUAUUGACAUCUCGUGUGAUCCCAGCACCGUCUCCUACCCCACGCCGUUUGAUUUCCGUCGGUGGUGUUGAUUUAGAUGGGCGUAUUUCAUCUGCUGAAUCUUUUACUGUGCUUUCAUACAACAUCUUAUCUGAUGCAUACACAAAUGGUGACAUGUACAAAUAUUGCCCCUCUUGGGCUCUUUCGUGGACAUAUCGAAGACAGAAUCUAUUGCGUGAAAUCGUUGGAUAUCGUCCGGACAUUGUUUGUCUUCAAGAGGUUCAAAGUCACCAUUUUGAGGAUUUCUUUUGUCCUGAACUAGAGAAGCAUGGUUACGAAGCAAUUUUCAAAGGAAAAACUGCUGAGGCUUUCAGUGGAAAUGUAAAUACAAUUGAUGGAUGUGCUACACUUUUCCGACGAGAUAGAUUUUCUCAUGUUAAGCAAUAUGAGGUUGAGUUUAACAAAGCUGCACAAUCAUUGGCUGAUGCUUUAGCUCCCAUUGCUCAGAAGAAAGCUGCUCUAAAUCGCCUGGUCAAGGAUAAUGUUGCUCUAAUAGUGGUCAUGGAAGCAAAAUUAAAUAACCAGGGACCUGAUAACCCUGGAAAGCGUCAGCUUGUUUGUGUGGCAAAUACUCACAUGCAUGUUCAGCAAGAGUUGAAGGAUGUCAAGCUUUGGCAGGUUCAUACACUUGUGAAAGGGCUGGAAAAGAUUGCUGCUAGUGCUGAUAUUCCAAUGUUGGUGUGUGGUGAUUUUAAUUCAAUACCCGGAAGUGCUACUCAUUCUCUCCUUGCAGCAGGGAAAGUUGAUCCAAUGCAUCCAGAUCUCCAAGUUGACCCUCUCGGUAUUCUGCGCCCAGUUACCAAGUUAGCACAUCAUCUUCCAUUGGUAAGCGCUUACUCUGCCAUUGGUAGACUUGGGGUAGGCCUUGGGUUUGAGCAACAGAAAAGACGAAUUGAUCCCACCACCAAUGAACCCCUAUUCACAAAUUACACUAGGGACUUUAUUGGUACCCAUGACUACAUAUUCUACUCAGCGGACUCUCUAACAAUAGAAUCCUUAUUGGAGCUGUUGGACGAGAAUAGCUUGAGAAAAGACACAGCACUUCCUUCUCCAGAGUGGUCAUCAGAUCAUAUAGCACUCUUAGCUGAGUUUCGAUGCAAGUCUCGAACCAAACACUCACUAGGAAUUGGUUUUUCCGGAGAAAAUAAAAAGAUAAAAAAGAGCGCAGGAACAAGUAGUAAGGAAUAAUUAAAGGUCAAAUUAUUUGUAUUAUGGCAUUCUAUACCAUGUCCCAUAGAAUAAAUUUUUUUGAUGUCUUUAAUGUCCUGUCAAAACUAUUAAAAAACAGUGGGAGUAUAUUCAAUCUCUGUUCAAUAUCUCUCGGGUGUUGUGCUAGAUUUUCAUCUGCCUUUUUUCCUUAGCACAUGUUUGGAUCAAGGGAUUAGAAAGGAAUGAGAAAAAAUAAAAACAAACAAAAGUCAGGAAUCUAGGGUUCGCAGGGAUUCAUGAGGUCGUGUGGAGCUUGGAUAGAGAUGAUACCAACACUUUUUCCACGUGACUUCGUCCUCAAGUAGAUAAAAGAAGAAAUUUCAAUGCAUAUAGGUUAAAUCAAAAUCUAUUAAAAAGGGACCAAGUGAGAGUACGAGUAGCCGCAUGGAUAAAUGGCUUAGUCUGGC